GAACUGAACAUUAGCAGCUCUACUAGCCCUACGGGUCGCUCACACGCCGCUGCACAGAACGGUACGAACAACGAACCGACUUCUCUGAGUCCAGCCGAGGAGACGGAGAGAUGGCUACUGGUGAGGAAAUGCCUCCUCCAGUCGUCGCCCAAGCUAGCGAAACCUCUGGCGGAGAUCAGCGAGAACGAGUGGAUCAAAUCCCGCGUGACGUCGCUCAAACGGCUCUUGGAAGCAUGCGGGAACUUUCACGGCGGGUCCAAGGGAGAGAUGUGGACGGCGCUGGCGUCCGCCGUAUCUCAGCAUCUUGGUCCGCGGCACGAGUUCCUGGAGCUAAUAUCGGAGCACCAAGACAGUCUAUGGACCACGUGUUCUCUAAUGACGGUGACCACUCUGGACAGCGAGACCUCAGCGGACGGGAAAGUUGGAGAAUUGGAGGAGAGCGGAAUGUCCCUCUCUGUUCCUAAUUCUACUGGAGUUCCACUGAAAGUCUAUGGGAGUAUUGAUCUUAUUGAGCCUACUGGAAAAGAUGGUCAGAGAUUCUGCAUACAUCACUUCCACUGGAAGUGGCUACUGCUCUACGUGCCUCUCCUAGUGUUCCUAGUCAGCGCUGUGGCCCUAGCAGUCGGCCUUCUGGAGACAAAACCAGAGAGAACUAAGGAAAUCGAGACUUUCGAGUCCACGACAGUUUACUUGGACACGCAGCGCAGUGUUUGGUGUAAGGGUUGGGAGAUCAGCGACUGUUCAGGGGGCGGGGUUUCCAAUGGCGACAAUCACUUCAAUAGAACUGUGAGUAAUAUACAACUCGUAGAUAGCGACGACGUCGUCUAUUUCGAAGAGAAUGUGGUAAACGAUGAAGUCGAAGGCUAUCAAAACAGCCCACUGCUCAAGACGUUGAACGGUCCUCUAUACUUGUUGGCAGGGUCGAUUGUCGAAUAUCAAUUUUGCCUCACGACU